AUGGGCUGGCUCGAGCAGAAGCUGAAGCCUAAGACGGUCAAUGCGAGAUACCCCGUCAAGGGGGCCGCCCUCUUGUACGCGACCUGCGGGUUUGGUAGUCUUGGAGAUGCACUCUUUGGAUACAAUUCUGGUAUCAUGUCUGGUCUACUCGUCAAUCCCGUCUUCGUCGCUCGCUUCUACAAGAACUACGGUGGAGCUGACGGCACAACCAGCGGUGUCAAUCCUUCCAUCACCGGCAUAUCUGUCUCUUGUCUACAACUCACUGCUGCACUGGGCGCGCUGCUUGCUGGGUGGCUUGGAGAUGUGAUCGGCCGUAAAAAGUGUGUCCGCAUCGGAGCCUUCAUCUACUUCUUCUCAGCCUUUAUACAGAUGUUCGCUGGAGGCUUCUCAACUUUCGUCGCUGGCAGGUCCAUUCAAGGACUGGGAGUUGGCUUCCUCUCCAUGACUGUUCCUAUCAUCCAGACAGAAAUUGCUGCUCCCCAUGCUCGUGGCUUGAUGGUCGGUAUCGAGUAUACCUUCCUCAUUGCUGGCUACAUGCUUUCCUGCUGGGUCGACUAUGGCUUCAACUUCCUACUUCCAAGCGACAUGAGUUGGCAGGGUCCUUUCAUCAUCCAGAUCAUCUUGUCGUUCAUCCUAUUCGUCAUGUCGUUCUUCUUGCCCGAGACCCCGAGAUGGCUCGCCAAGAAUGGUUUCAUGAAAGAGAGUCUGCAGACUGUUGCGGAUCUUCACAGUAACGGUGAUAUCGAGGCUGAACAUGUUCAGCAUGUCUUCCUCGAGAUCCAGGAAGCUGUGCGCUACGAGGCCAGCCUCGGACAAGCAGGCUGGGGUGAGAUGCUCACGACCUACAGAAAGCGAACCAUCGUUGGUAUCACUGUGCAAAUGUUUGCUCAGCUGAACGGUAUCAACAUAAUCUCGUUCUACCUCCCUUCCACGCUCUCCGACGCAGGCUUCGGCGAGCGCAAGUCCCUCUUAUACACCGCUGCCAAUGCUCUUCCAUACACAGCUGCCACCAUUGCCACCUGGUGGUUGGCCGAUCACUGGGGAAGACGUCCUCUUCUCAUUCUUGGAGGUGUCUUGAUGGCUGUACUUCUUGGCAUCGUCUGUGCCUUCACCGAAGCAGAUCUUGCAGUCCAGACUCGCGCCAAUGGUCAAUACGCCUUUGUAAUGCUCUAUAACAUAGUAUAUGGUUUCACAUAG